AUGAACCAAAGCGUCGUGAUAAUACCAUUCGACGAAAAUGAAGUGGAUGAUGUCGCCCCACGUCCUGUAUCAUCCAGCAAUCCAGAUGUAGACUUCGUAGACGGGGCGCUGUUGAGGCUCGACGCCUAUAAAGCAGUCUGGUCCAGAUGCGCAUCUCGAAUACGCGGUAUACUAGAUAAACUCUAUGCACCUGUCGUGCAAGACGUUUCUCGGUUCCUGCUCGACGAUCGACCGAGGGACGACUCAGCACUGCAGCUGGAGGUCGAGAUCCCCACUGCACUUCUCAUCUCCACAGAUCAAUCGACCAUCUCCGUCGCGCUUUGGAAAGCACUUGACCCGCUUCUUUCUGAGGAGAAUGAUAGCUCUUCAGUUGGGGAUGGGGAGCUGGGUUUACCAAGAGGUGUCGUCGUGCGCCUAGCCGCGCGUGCCUGUUCAACUUUGGCAUCGACACUCAAGAUCGUUACCAAGAGUCUGGCGACACAGCUCGGGCGUUAUAUCUCAAAUAGUACGCAAGAUGCAGAAGAAGUAGAGGACAUGAGAGGUGUCGCAGCACUGUAUCAGAGAGCUUUCGGAGAUGCAUCCGACACGCACAAACCCCACAUUAUUCUUACUUUAGAGGAAAUUGAGUCCUUCGACCCUCUCAUCCUACAAGACCUACUCGAACUACUGGCUUACUACGCUCCCCGCUUGCCAUUCCGGCUGCUCUUUACCCUCUCGACCACCGCGGGGUACUUGCAGACUGCGAUGCCCCGGGCGGCUCUAAUUGGCCUGAAGACGGAGUGCUUCCAAGCGCCGACGGGUGAGGUUGUUUCAGAGCACCUUAUUCGCGGGCUAUACUUCGACCCCUCCUUCGAGCCACUCAUCGCACUUGGUCCAAUUGGCAUCCAUGCCCUUCGAGAGCUUAGCACACUGUACGCCACCCCGGCUGCGGGCCUCACAUCCGCACUGCAAGUGAUGCAUAUGUACCACUUCUACGAUCCGCGAGCCGUGCUCUCCCUUCCCGCGUUGGGAGAAAACGAGGGAGAUGGAGAGGUCCUAUUUGAGGGGAGGGAGAACUGGGCUGAUUACGUUCGAGCCGCGCUUUCAGGAAGGGACGAAACGUUAUUCGCUCUGGAACCGCAGGGCCGGCUCAAGAGGUCCUACCGGUCUCUCUAUCUAGGUGAUACUGAAGACCUUGCUGGCCUUGUCGCCGUUGCGAGAGGAAAUUUUCAUGAGAUGACCAGAAGGACGCGGAGUGCUGUGAUGGUUCUCCUGGCGAUCAGAGAACAUUGUGCAACUCUGGGACUGAGGGUGUGGGAGCCAAGGAUGCGGACGCUGGAUGUGUACCAGGCCGCUUUAGAAGGUCGCCUGAGGGAUGUGGUUAAUAAUGCUGUCACACUCGUGAAGCGCAUGGAGUUCCAGCAACUUCAGGACUUGCUCGAAGUACUACAUACCACAUGUGACGGGUGGCCCCAGCAUGUGCGGCGGGAAGAAAAAGAGCUCAGACAGGAUAUUGUCGUGUUCAAGAAUCUUGGUGAGGACGAGGAGGCGUUGGCAGAUUUUGGUGUGAAGCUGGAGGAGUAUUUUAAGGCUCGGCUGGUCAAGAUGUCUGAUCUUGCGUUGUAUGAUGCUUUGUGUCUGGACGGCGUUGUUGACUAUGCCAUGGAUCUCAUUAACCCAACCGCCCGAUCUGGAAUCACAGCAGCCCUUAUGCAGCCCAUGACCUGGCUCGAAGCGAAGCUCGAGCUCCCUGAACACGAGGCAGGGACAACCAAGGCACAAGAAGCGGAGUUGGUCACAUAUCCGGACGCGAGCAUCUUGUUCCUUCGUUCACUUGAGGCUGGGAAGAAGAUCAACCUCCUGGACUGGUUUGAGUCGUUUUCCAUGGCUGUCGAGAAGGAAGCAGAGCACUUCACAAAGCAGGAGGAAACCCCCUCGCCCAGAAAACGUAGGAGGGCAAAGGUGAAUGGCAAGCAGGUCAACGGCCCACGCGCCAGCGGCAAGUCGGCAGAGGAAGAAGCAGAGGAGCGUGAACAAGAACUGCAGGUGCGAUUCGUCCGUUCUGUCCAAGAGCUGGAAUACGUGGGAAUUUUGAAGCAUUCCGCUCGCAGAACAGAUUUCGCUGUUCGGACACUUUUUGAGACUGUUGAUUGA